GCGUCCACGUGUCGCGACCAUUUCCAUACUAAGCAACGACGCUAGCUAGCUAUAAACCAGGAGAGAUGGACUACAUGGACCCUUACUGCUACAACCCCAUCCCUGGUACAGACGUUCCUCUUGACCACAUGGAUUACGGCUACGUGAGCAGCUGCAGCGACUCUACUGAACUGGGCAAAAUACUCAAGAUUCUAAGGUCUGGGAAGGAAGGUCAUUAUCCUGAGUUGAUAGCUCAUACAGAGAAGAGGCUAGGAGAGGUGGACCCCAGCAACAAACUACUCAUUUCAACCAAAGCUGCUCAGAGGACCAACGAUCUAUCUUAUGAGGAAUCUAUUGCAAUCAACAAGGACAUGGAGGACUGGACUGAGAACAUUCGCAGCGUCUCUGGUUCAAGUAAUAAUGGUAACGAUGAUGACAAGUCCCUCCCUCCAGUCAGGAAGGUCACAUUCACCAACCCCAAGGAACAGGUUCAACCCUCCGAUGCUAAGCCAAAAGGAGAGAGAAUAAAGUCGUUCGAUUUCGACGCCUGGUCAAAGUUUGAUGGGGAGAAGGAGGCAGCAAAGGUUGACAGUGAAGAGCCACAGGUGUCCGCCACAAUACAGGACAAGCCCAACAUUCCCAGCCAGCUCUCAAAGAAAGAGCUUGCUCUGACGACUGCUGAGAAGGAGCGGAUGGCAGACAAGGAGAGGGAGAAGGGAAACGAGGCAUUUCGUGCUGGAGAUCUGGAAGAGGCUUUGGCUUAUUACUCUCGGAGUAUUAACUUUAACCCCUCAGUAGCUGCGUACAACAACAGAGCCCUCACUGAGAUUAAACUGAAGCGCUUCCAAGCUGCAAUGGAGGACUGCACUCAGGCUCUCAAAGUGGAGCCCUCUAAUACAAAGGCUCUGUUCCGCCGAGGGACGGCCUACUCACAGCUGGGCAAACUUCACCAGGCAGCCACUGACUUUGAGAGGGUCCUGCACUUUGAACCCAACAACAAGAAAGCUCAGCAAGAGCUCAACGCUGUGCGUAAAAAACUAGCCGAGAAUGGAGGUCAGAAAGACAAUAAGAAGACUGGCCGCAGGAUACAGAUUGAGGAGGUUGAAGAAAAGGAAGAGAAGACUGCGGAAACCAUCACCCCCACGAAUACCGUCCCCCCUCCCGUCACUAAGACCACACCCCCAAAGGUCACGAAGGAGUCACCUCCAUUGCCAGGUCGAGUACAAACUCUCAAAGAGGAGGGCAACAAGUUGUUCCAAGCUGGUCAGUAUCCCGGGGCUCUGGACAAGUACACCAAUGCUGUGGCUAUUCUGCGCUCUGAGGGUAAAUGGCAGGAGAGCAAUCUCUCCAUGUUGCUCAACAACCGAGCAGCUAGUCAGCUCAAGCUGGGGAACUGCCCUGCGUGUAUAGUGGACUGCACAGAGUCUCUCUCCCUGGUGGUGGUCAACAAGAAGGCUCUCAUGAGAAGAGGGAAAGCAUUUGAACUACUCGAGAAAUACAAGCAGGCUUACAAUGACUACCAGCUAGCUCUGGCUAUAGACCGCUCCCUCCCUCAAGCCUAUGAGGCAUCAUCCAGAAUAGUGAAAGUAUUAAGAGAUAUGGACGGUUUCAACUGGAGGGACAAGUUACCCGUGUGUCCUGAGGCAGAGAGGAUCAGGGAGGAGCUUCAGAGGACCACAGCCUCUAGUACUCCAUCAAAUAGUGUUGAUAUCAGCAAGGCCCAGCCGACUGACAAUGUCGAUGUUGCUAAGGAACAGCCGACUGAGAAUGAAGUUGUUGCUAAGGAACAGCCUACUGACAAUGCCAAGGAAAAGCCGACUGAGAAUGAAGUUGUUGCUAAGGAACAGCCUACUGACAAUGCCAAGGAAAAGCCGACUGAGAAUGAAGUUGUUGCUAAGGAACAGCCUACUGACAAUGCCGAUGUUGCUAAGGAACAGCCGACAAACAGUGGCGAUGUUGCUAAGGAAGAGUUUAACUUGUUAGCAGAUAAUAACGACAACGGGGAUUCCCCCUCACCAGAAAGUGCUGACACAGCAGAUGUCUCUUCAGUACCAGAGUCCACACCAGAAAGUGCUGACACAGCAGACGCCUCUUCAGUACCAGAGUCCACACCAGAAAGUGCUGACACAGCAGACGCCUCUUCAGUACCAGAGUCCACACCAGAAAGUGCUGACACAGCAGACGCCUCUUCAGUACCAGAGUCCACACCAGAAAGUGCUGACACAGCAGACGCCUCUUCAAUACCUGAGUCCACACCAGAAAGUGCUGACACAGCAGACGCCUCUUCAGUACCAGAGUCCACAUCCAGUGAUGUGUCCACUGAUUCAAGUGCAUCUGUUGAGGACGAGAUGACCUCUGACCCCAUCAUCAAUACAACCUCUCCAGUGUCCCACACUAAGGUGACCCAGUCCACACAGCCUGUUCCCUCUACGCGUACGGCAAGUCCCCCAAGUUCAAAGGUCAAAUACGAUGAUCUACUGUCCCCGGAAGAGAAGUUUGAGAAACACAAACUGAAGGGAAAUGAGCACAUAAAAAAAGGAGAGUAUGUGGAGGCCCUUCGUUACUACAACAUGUGUGUGAGUGUGAGCCCCGGGAGUGUGGCGGGCUAUACCAACAGGGCUCUCUGUCACCUCAAGCUCAACAGUCCACGCAGUGCAGAGGGGGAUUGUAACAAAGCUCUCUCCAAAGAACCUGGUAAUGUGAAGGCCCUCUAUCGCAGGGGACUGGCUAGAAAGGCUCUUGGUCGCUAUGCUGAGUCAGUACGGGACCUCCACCUCCUCCUCACCAUUGACCCUGACAACCCACCUGCCAAGAAAGAGUUGGGUGAGACCAAGCAGCUCUGGGAGAAGCAGCUGCGUGAGAUACAGGCCCGCACCGUCGCCAAGGACAAGCGACCAGAGCGAAGGAAUUCCAAAUCAAAGAAGGGUGGUGGACCCAGGACAGCCUCCCAGAGGUCACCUGCAUCUGGUGGCAAUAAUGGAGCUCAGAAACCACCAACUAAAGAAGAAUUGGACAAGUUUCAGAAGCUGCUGAAAGAGUUGGAGGCCUCCAAAGAUAAAAUAGAGCAGCUGUCCAAGUCUGGGGGGCCGAUGUGGGGCAAUGGUGUGGAGGGACCAGGGGGACUUCCCUUCACUGGAGCACCCCCUCCAGGGAAAUCCCCUAAUGGGAGCAGGAAGACGGCUAAACCAGCAGCAGCCAAGGCCGGAGGGAACUCCCCCUCUGCUAGUAAACCAAAACCAAAAACAAAGAAAGUACCGAAAAAACCUCCGAAAAUGAUGACGAAAUCCGAGCCUCAACCUGAAGAGAGGUCAGAGGUCAAAGGACACCCAUCGCCAGAGGAGGUUAAGAGUUCUCCCGUUACUAAGGGGAAGAGAAUUGUCAUUGAGGAGAUCCAUAGUAGUGACGAUGAGUUGACCACGUCCCCUACACCGGUAGAGGACACGCCCCCUUUGAAGGAGGACAGUGCAGAGACUGAGUCACCACCACCAUCACUGAGUUCCCCGUUUGAGUUUGUCCAGCGAUGGAAUGCAAUCCCACGGACAGCCAAGAGUUCAGAGUACGCCCGUCUCCUUGAGGCCAUCCCUCCCUCCAGUCUUCCCAGUGUCAUCACUAACAAACUAGAUGCUGUCAUGCUCACCAACGUUAUCAGGGCCAUGGACAAACAGUUCGUGCCUCGAGGCAAGUACGAGUUGUGUGCUGAUAUUCUGACUAGUCUGAGUGAGGUGCCACGGUUUGGUAUGGUGUCCAUGUUCAUGGGACCACAGGAGAAGUCAGACCUGAAUCAUGUGCUGGCAGCAUUGUCCUCUGCUAAGGAGGUACCCAAUGCAAGGAUUGAGCACAUCAAACAAGUGUACAGCCUCUAAACUGAAACACUCAAUCAUCACAUGCAUGAGUCUGUUGGCUUGCUUUUGAAGCUUGUUAUAAUUUAUUAUGACUUAUGAUUGUGUUUAUAAUUA